AACAGGAAGAGAGGUUAUUUUCCCUUCUCAGAAAUCGAAACUUACCAGCCAGAACCUGCUGAAGCAAUUACUCAGCAGAGGAGUGUCCAGAUCCCACAGAUACAGUUCUGAUAGAGGCAGGGCCUCCAUGGACUAUGGCUCUCUCGUCCCAGGGGAGCCCAGGCAGCCUGCAGACACAGGCAAUGGAGGAAGAAUUCCAGUUCCUGCUCUGCCAGGGAUGCCGGAAAGAACCCAGAAAUCCUAAGCUCCUGUCCUGCCUUCAUACCUUGUGCUCCAACUGCCUGGAAGAGAACAAGCCUGUUGGCCAGUGCCCCAUCUGCCAUGCUCCCAUCCCACAAGCCAGUGGGAUCCCAGACCAGGACAACCUGCUCUUUGCCAAUCUGCAGGCCAAGCUGAGCACCUACCAGAAGAUCGUCAAAGGCUGUGACCUGGUCUGUGACAACUGUGGGCAAGAGGGAGAGUUCUGGUGCUCUGACUGUGAGGAGUUCCUUUGUGUCAAGUGCUUUGAGACCCAUCAGAGGUAUCUAAAGCGAGAGAGCCAUGAGGCCAAGGCGGUGAGGGAUCUCAAGGUGGGAUCUGCCAGGGAGUUCCUUGGUGGUUCCAGGAAGCUCAGUAACUUGUCCUGUCCCAAUCCAACCCAUGCGAACCAGAUGCUGAGCAUCUACUGCAGAGAGUGCCAAAAACCUAUCUGCUGCAUCUGUGCUCUGCUGGACAGCCGGCACAUGGGCAAGCACUGUGAUAUCAAGGUGGAAAUUCAGCAGAGGCAGCAGGAGUUGGGGAGCAUGAGUGAAGAGCUGAAGAAGAAGGAGGAAAUCUUCCAAGAUGCCUAUAGUAACCUGAAGAGCAAAGCUGACCACCUGGACCAAGUGAUGACAGAAACCCAGGAGCUGAUCCGAAAGAGAGUCAAGCAGAUGGUUCAGCUGAUCAGAGAGAAGGAGCAGGAGCUGCUGGAGAUGGCAGAGAGGCAGCACCACCUGGGGAACAAGGAGCUGGAGGGGAAGCUGCAGCAGACAGAAGCCGUGCUCAAAAGGAUGGGGGCCAGUGAGCAGCUAGUGGAGAAGAUGCAUCUCUAUGCAUCAGACCAGGAGGUGAUGGACCUGCACCCCUUCAUUAAGGGGUCACUGGAGGAGCUCAGGAAGCUGCAGCCCCUGGCUGUGGGAGUCAGUGUCCAGGCUGAAGGCUUUGCCAAGUGUAAAGCCAGACUCCAGGCUCUGUUUGAAAGAGUGACUGGGGACAGAGGUACCUCUGCUCCCCAACGGGCCCCCCCGUCGGAGGACGAGAGCACUGUGACGCUCAGCCUUGAGCCUCUGCAUCCUCCAGAGGCUUCCCACCAGCAGAGACACCUCCCUGCCAAUGACAAUGAAGGGUUGCUCUCCCAUGAGGACCCCACGUGUCCCCCCAGCUCCCAGGCUGAGCCCCACCCACCUGAGGAUGAAGGAGGAGAUGUCUGUCCAGCUAACCAAGGUGAUGGCUCUCCAAUACUACCGACCACUCCACUAGCCCAGGUGCGAAGGAAGGGGGAGGAGGAGACCACCUCCAGGCAGCUCACAAAUGCUGAGGUGGAAAUCCCAAGUGUCCGUGGGGGGAUAUGGGGCCCUCUGGCCUCAGAGCAUGGGGAUUUAGCGGCCCGGCCCAGGGCCAGUGUGAGCCAGGCAGACAGUCUCCUGGUGUUAGGCAGCAGCAUCCUGAAAGGACAGAAAAGGACAAACAGGCACCUGCUGUCUAUGUUGCGUGGGAUCACAUCCAUCUCCCGCUCCCUCCACACCCUCACCUCGGCCUUGAUUCCCUUUCUGCAGGAUACCACUAGCUGGUGGCAAGCCAUGCAGCAGCCUCCUCCAGCCCCUCCCGGCUCAGGGAGCCCACCCCUCCCUGAGACCAUGGGCUUGUCCGUGCCAUCACUGCCCUUGGACCUGCUGGACCUGUUCCUUCCUGACACCCCGGAGGGCAGUGUCUCCCUGCUUCCAGCAGCACCCAUUGUCCAUUGCUCCAGCAACCACUCCAUCUUCCCUCCUCCCCAGGCAUCUACCUCCUCCACCAAGCUACCUGUGCAACCCCAGCCUGUUUGCUCCUGCAAACAGGCAGGAGAGAGGGCUGGGACAGGAGAGGGGGCCUGGACAGGAACCGGCACAUCGAUGGAUCAUGGCAGAGAAGCUGCCCCAGCUAGAUCCAUAGAUAAUUCCAGCAAGGCCCCUUCGUUGUUGAAGAGGAAAGGAGUCCAAACCGAGGCCCCUGCGAAGGUGAUCAAGACUGAAGCUGAUGCAGGCAAAUGGGAGCAAUCAGCAAGGAAGCACCAACAGAAUUUGCUGGAACAACCGGGGACCAGCUCCUCAACAGCAAGCAACUCUUCAUGUGUGACUGACAGCUUCAGUGCAGCCAAAGUAGCUGACUUGCUGGAAAAUAACAUCUAUGAACCAUGUGAGCCAGAUGAUCCCACGGUUUGUUUGGACAGCUCUGAAGGGGAUGACAGCGAUGAAGAGUCAACAGACUCUAGUCUGCCAGACGACAUCAACAGCGUCAGUUGUGAGAGCAGCAAGGGAGACCUCCUGGCCUUUCCUGCUGGCAGCCUGAGGGAGCUCAACACGAGACAAGCAUCACUGCUCUUCUUUGACCUCAAGUUCUUGACAGCGAAUAAAAUCCUUCAGCUGGCUCUGGUGGAUGGAGAAAAGAACUUUACCAUCUUGAUUCAGCCUCUGAAAUCUUUGCCUGGCUUGAUCUCAAAAGGCGGCGUCUGUGAGAUUGGUGUGAAGACUUUAUUCCACUACCUCUGCUCUGUCCACAAACCCAUCUUAGCAGGGUAUGACCUCUGGUCACCAGCCCUUCCUAUCCUUUUUCAAUCCCUGGAUCUCAUUAGCAAGAAAGAGGAGUUUAGUGCAGCUGUCUUUGGUUUCCUGGACAUCUUGCCCCUGAUUAAAGAGAAGAUCCCCAAGGCUGGGAGUUACAAACUGAAGAACCUGGCCAACACUUACAUUUGGCGGCAGCUCAGUGAUAACAGCCCCCUGGAGAACGCAAAGGCCCUAAGGGAUCUGUGCACAGUUCUGGAGAUUGAUCCAGUGGAGGACCCGAGGCCUGUGCUCACCUGCUCUAAUCUGGAAUGUUAUGCUUCCCUUCAGCCAUUGCUGAAUGAGAAACUUCUCACUAAGCCUUCGGUGCGGAUGCUGUCCAUGCACAACAUGAGCCUUUCCAAGCUCCACACCUUAUACCUGAGGGACCCUGAGAAAGGGCUGCAGAAGUUCUGCAGGUUCUUCAAUUCUCGGCUGCAGAGCUCUGAGAAGAAAAUCCGAAAGCUAAGUAAGAUCAAAGCCCAUUUCCAAAGCCCACAGCCAUCAGCUGGGCACCAAGCAGCAGCAGCAAAUGAACUGCCACGAGCAAUAAAGAGUGAGCCAGACUGCUGAAGUACAUCUACAGCUCAGACAAAUAUAUCUGUGCAUGGCACCUCAGGCAUGAGGCUGAGCAGCAACAUUCAGCUCUGAGGUCCAGACUCCACCAGAAUUCAAGAAGUUCAGAUUCACCGUCUUCAGUUUGGCCCAUUAUCUAGAGCAGGGCCUGUUGCAAAGCUCACAUCUAGAUCUGAACUAUGAAUUUCUGGGUUGCUUGGAUCAGGUGUUCUGGGGGGCAGGGGACUCUCUCUCCCCCCCUUUGUAUUUAUUUCAUAUACAAAACUUUGUUAAGCUGAAGUGCUUAGGGCACUACCCUAGGACUUUGGAGACAUGGGUUCAAGUCCCUGCUCCACCACAGACCUCCUGUGUGACCUGGGGCAAGUCGUGUAGCCACUCUCUGCCUUAGUUUCCCAUCUGUGCAUUGGGGAAAAUAGUCUCGCCCUGCCUCACUGGAGUGUUAGGAGGCGGUGGUUACGUCCUAUUCAGGCCUGUCUGUAGAGGCCUAUACUCUAAGAAUUUAGGUGUAUUCUUAUCACUUGGCUAGUUAUAGAGGUAUAAAAGAAAGAAUCAAAAUCACUGUCUGCUGGUGUAAGGUCCUUCUCUUACUGUGACAGUCUGAGGCCCUGUUCUUAGGCUAAGGCCUUUGGCUAAGCAACAGAGGCAGCCAUAAGCUGGGAAGCGACCGGUCACAUCCUCACAUUCCAACCUAGUCACAUUGAAAUAAGGUGCUAUUGGGCUGUUAGGAAUACAAUCCUGUCCUGAUAAUGCCUAUCGCCUCCAGAGAAAGGGAAGUGCUUAGAAAAUGUAAAAGGAAACUUAGUUUGAUAGCAUCCUGUCUGGCAAGAACUCACUUUUCAAUAGCUGGGAUGUGAAAUCCUCACUUCUGUAUUGUUUUGUCAUUAUAGUUCCCACUUUGCUAUUGUUUUUCUGCAUAAUCUCUGUCUGGUUCUGUGAUUGUUCCUGUCUGCUGUAUAAAUAGUUUUGCUGGGUGUAAACUAAUUAAGGUGGUGGGAUAUAAUUGGUUACAUAAUCAUGUUACAAUAUGUUAGGAUUGGUUAGUUAAAUUUCAGGAAAAUGAUUGGUUAAGGUAUAGUAAAGCAGAACUCAAGUUUUACUAUAUAGUCUGCAGUCAAUAAGGAAGUGAAGGGGGGGAAAUGGAAACAGGAAAUGGGGGUGGGGAAACUGGAAUCAUGUUUGGCUAAGGGCAGGAAUGGGAACAGGGACACAGGUAAGGUUCUGUGGUGUCAGAGCUGGGAAGAGGGACACUAAGGAAGGAAGCUGGAAUCAUGCUUGCUGGAAGUUCACCCCAAUAAACAUGGAAUUGUUUGCACCUUUGGACUUUGGGUAUUGUUGCUCUCUGUUCAUGCGAGAAGGACCAGGGAAGUAAGUGGGUGAAGGAAUAAGCCCCCUAACACUGGGCAUUGGGGAAAAUAGUCUCGCCCUGUCUCACUGGAGUGUUAGGAGGCGGUGGUUAUGUCCUAUGGAAACAAAUAAGUACCCAAGAUAGACCGAAAUCAGGGUUGCAGAGCCAUAUCAGUGGCUUGAGGACAUACUGCCUGUCAGGAAUGUUAGAGUUAAAGUCCCUCAAGCAUUAAACCCCCCCAAAGGUGCAGAGUUAAGGGUGCUACUCUGAGCAGGACUCAUGGUAGUAAUAACACUGCAAUCUGACCAUACGUGGUUUCCACCAGUGCUGCCAUGAUUGGAGCUGCACCAGUAGUUAUGGGACCUAAUUUUCCUAGUGCAGACAAGACCUGUGUUACCUGAUGUAUCCAUUUCCUCACAUAGACUUGUUUCUGUUUGGUGUAUGGACCAGAUACUCAGAAGUGUGUAGGCACAUAACUCCUAUUGAGAGUCAGGUACCUAAAUACCUUUGAGGAUCUGGACCUACGUGACCAGAGGGAGGACUCUGUCUAUCCAGCCAGUACUUCCUUGUAUUUAUUAUCACCAUCAGCCUGUAGAGUAAGCAACUUUUAUACAAUUAUAUGCACAAGAAUUGCCUCUGUGAUUGAUUCAGGGGGCUGGACUUGAUGACUUUUCACAGUCCCUUCCAGCCUUACAUGUCUAUUACGUGUGAAUACAGAAACACGGCUGCUACUCUGAAACAUGUCUAUGAUUGUGGCAGCAGCACACGGGGCAAGGGGAAUUUUAAUUAUAAUAAAAUGAAAUGUCUUUGCUCCACUCUAUAAGUGUGGCCUAGAUCCUCAAAGAUAUGGCACCUAACUCCCAUUGAUUUCAUGCAAGGUAGGAGCUUAAAUACCCUGGAGGAUCUGGAUGUGUUUUCCUACUUACCCUGUGCAUUUCCUGCUACUUUUCAAUGUAGAUUGUAAAUUCCUUGGGACAGGGAAUCCAUUGUCAUUGGUGUUUGUAAAGGGCCAGGCACCUGUAUGUAAUCAUGUAAGUAAGAAAUAAAAUUCAUAAUUUGAUAUGAA